AUGGGAGCGAGUCGGAAGGGGUGCGCAGAGCUCGGGUGCAACAAGUUGGCGACCAGCGGAGGCCUGUGCGUGGGCCACGGUGGUGGAAAGCUCUGCCAGUACCCAGGCUGCACCAAAGGGAAGCUCGCUCGCGAUGGUCAAGGUCGAUGCCGCGACCACAGCAUUAUUCACCACGACAUCAACGAGGUCUUGUUGCAGCACUCGGACGACAGUUCCAUCUUCGCGCCCUCGGAAAUGCGCCGCCCACAGCCUACAUCAAAGGAAGCGCCUUUGCACCCACCUGUCAUGUCGUCAUCAUCUACGAGCGUGGCUUAUAUCUACCGCCGACUGUUGGUCCAAGUGCAACUGCGGGAUCCGUGGACUGAAAGUCGAGUGGUUGCGGUCUUGCGCAGCGAGCCACACGUUCGCAGUGUCCACAUAUUGGGCUACCGCUGCGCCGUGUCAACGGCGCAGCGCCAAACAAAGUCGAGCCUGUGUUGUGUCGUGCGGGGAGGGCCUGAGUUAUCUGAAGCCGCACUGGAGGCGGCGAUGACCGCACUUUCAAUGCACUUUACCGUGCUAGAAGCCAGUGUGGUGGACGACUUAGACACCGUCGUCCACGUCGAAGCGACUUUGGAAGUCCACGGGAUGAUGUGCAUCGCCAACUGCGGCAACACCGUCGUCCGUGCGAUUCAAAACGUCCCAUCGGUGCUUCAGGUGCGGUUGGAAUUCGACCAAGCUCAAGUGAUUGUCAUGUGUCCCAACACUGUAACGACACACACGCUCAUCGCUCGAGUCCAAGCGAUUGGUUUUGAGGCCAACUUGAUCUCGCUGCAUCCUGUCCCUCGCCAUCGACGGUUCACGAUUCAGCGAACUCGAGACCACCACAUCACGACCGACUCGGCGCUGCGCCUUGAAACAUGCUUGAGCCACGUCGAAGGCGUCGAGCAGGUCGUGGUGGCGCCGCAUCUCCUGACCGUGGACGUGACUGGGUUUUACAACGCAAGCGAAGUGGUGCUGGUCGCAGCAACAAUGGUCAUCCAACUGACUGAAGUUUCCUUGUUUGAUGGCGAGGGAUUGGGUCUAGACGAACGGCCGGCAUCCGCCCCAACGUCAAAAGCCACGUCCCCUCACGUGUGUUCGCUUGCAUGUAAUGCCAUGGGUUGCGUCAAGUACCAAACUACAAUGGCCCACACGGCAGCUCUGGCAGUCGGGUGGACCGUUCCUGGAUGUGGCAUGGCAUUUGGGCUCGAAUGCACCUGCGGCGACUCGUGCCAAUGUGCGGGAUGCCCAACUCACAACCCAGGGAACCUUGACCUUGUCGCCGCAAUGUUUUGA